GCUGUCACCAUAACGAGGCUUCGCCACUCGCGAUACCCACUUCUCUCAUCGUUUCCAUUCAACAUAUUAACGCUUGCGGGAUACACAGAUAGUGGUAGCUCGUCUUACGCGUUCUUUCUUAAUUGUUGUCAUUUGCAGCUUCUUCACAGCUCGGAAUAACAUCAUUCAGUUUGUCCGAUUCUAUCUUGACUGGGAGAUACGAGUCGAAAAUAGGAUACGUUGACAGAAGAUGCACCGAUUUGGUCAAUGAGUUCUUGAGAUAUUUUCCUGAUGUCCCCGAUGUAAGCUGCUGAGUCAAAAAGCUGGUGUCUCAAAGGAUUUGAUUGGACGCUAUAGUUUUAGAAAUCACGUGAUGUUUUUCAAGGUCAAGAUGGUCGCUGGAUACUGGCUGGCGGGUCACGUGACCGUGACUGUGCUGCUCACGUUAUUUGUAGACGAAGGUGCCUCCAUCAAGUGCCAUGUAUGCAAGAAUGUAGCAGACGGUAAACAGUGCGAUGAUAAGUUGAUUGAUUGCGACUCCAUUCAAAAAGCAACAGAUCCAACAUUCGAUGCCUGUGAAAUACACACAGAAUUCAGAAAGGAUGGUUCGAAAAGUGUCAGCAAAAACUGUGCCACAGGACCGUGUGGUCUCGAAGACAAAAAGCAGAAUAAGGCCUUGGAUAUACACAACUUCAAUUGUAAUGAACUUGAAGGGAACGUUUACAAGAAAUGUAUGGCAUGUUGUCAAAGUAAAGACGGAUGUAAUGCGGGAUCCGGAAGCCAGUCCGCUCAUGUUUUUAUCAACACCUUCGUUGCAACGGCGGCCAUGUUGCUUUUGUACCGUGUUUUUGUAUAAUCCAUUAGUGUAGGCGCCUAUAGGUCACUAGUGUGCCGUUUCCUCCAGGUUUGUUUUUGGACUACUUUAUAAAAAGACAAUUUUCGAAGAAAUGUUGCAGUAUUACAAGACCGAAAUGACUGCGCCAUUUUGUUUUACGAAAAGGAGGAAAAUCAUUCGGUGAUGACCUCUGCUGUCCAAUAAUUAAGGAACACUAAAUUAUUGGCCACCGGUUAUGGAGAUAACCACAACAUGACUCAAAUGGAAUACACUUCGGGGCUGUCACCAGAAAUUGUGUUUGUGUCUCCGGCCGAACACUCGGAAGCCGCCUCAGAGACCAGAAACCAACAUCGAUCUAUCAUAGCGAUUUCCCGGGCUGGGAUAUUUCGCCAAUUCGUUUUCGUGGUCAUUUCCGUCAUCCAAAUCGCAUCGCUUUAUGGAGUCAUUGAUUCGGAUAAAAAAACCGAUUGGUUGCUUAUCUCAGGACCGGGGAAUCAAGAUCAAAUCGUUCCGUAUGGAUUUGUUCAACGUGUAUCGAUCCGUUUGUUGUUUGCACCGUAGGUUGGCGAAUGGAUUCAAUAUGCCAAAGAUUUCAGGGGAAUAUAUGGCAAAAUCAGCUUGAAAGGUUAUUCAACGAAAACGGUAAACUCGAAGGCAAUUUUAGUGGCUAUGAACGUCUAUUAUACGUCAUUUUAUAAAAAGGAGCCCUCUGAUGUGCGUCUGCAUGUGCCGUUAAAACACUGUAUGUGACGUCAUCAACAGACAUCACAAAACAAAAUAAUGAAUCUAUGAAUGAUUCGGUAAAAUGAUCAAUGUAAAUAGUAUGACAAUACUCUCAUCUGAGGUUUUAUAACGAUUAUGUAUAACUGUAGAACGUACCCUUUUCCUUCAUGCAUGUAGACCUUCUUGUACAAGAAUAUAUAAAUCUAGAUGUAAUAUAUCAUUUAUUGACAUACGUGUAGUGCCAUAACAACCAUUAUCGGACAACUAUUUCAAUGUUAUGUUGCACACUCCCACUUCAUAUUGGUUAACGACUUUUUCUAAGAGAACAGACAGUGAGCCAGUCCCGCCGCCAGGCUUGUUUCGCUUGUUUCAAAAGUGUUUGAACAACUAUCGUGACCGAAGGGGUUAAAGUGAUAUGAUAUUGUGCUGGUAUUGGGAGUCAAGGGGGAAACACAAUAGCGCUUUCCUCCAAAUAUUAAAGUGGUCUUCUAUGUUUAUUGAUCAGAACUGGUUUCGUAAUCACGUCAGAGGACUCAGUCUGCGUUAGAACGAGCGAGCCACAGAGAUCUUGAGAAACUAAGACGUCCCUUCACGCUGCCUCUUGACGGGACUUUGGGAGAUCUGCCGUCACUGCACUGGCUUCGUAUAAGCAUAAAUCAAGAUGUCAAUUUCUUUGUAAGCAUGUAUGUCAUAUUUUUGUGUGUGGAGUAAUCAACAUUAUAUAUAUAAGGAUGUGGUGUAGUAAAUAGACGUGAUUUUUGGUUUGGUGCGUCGAAUACCCGAUGAUAUAAUAUGUUCCUUAGAUUACUGUAUAUCGUUCCCGUAACAGUUCCAUUGGGCGACAAAUUGGUCAUUGGCGUAAAGGCCCAUAACCACAUAAGCGAUCAAUCGCCCUGGUUAUUUUACGCCGCGCUGUCCACGAAGAGAAGCGUUCUCCUAUUAAUCGGAAAUGUGGACGUAGAUGCAAAACGGACAAUGAAGUGGUGUGAUAUCGAAACGUCUCUAGUACCAAGUAUAACCGACAUCGGCUGCGUCCAAACGAAAGGAGCGUGUAUAAAAUAUGUGAGAGGCGUACCGCAGCGAAACAGAUGAGGCAAGAAGGUCCAUCCAGUGAAAUGUAUCAUUCGGGCGCUUCGGUAACCAUGGCAACUAUACUUGUGUGUGGAUGACUUACUGGUUACGUUUAGAAACACUCUGAGCUCUCUCUACGCGUCUUUUGUAUAGACUCCCUGGGCAGUCCUUUGCGUCUUCCUAUUAUUCCUAAUUGGGUCUCCUUUGGUGAGGAACGAGGUCGAUCCACUGCGUCCGGAGUGUACAGUCGUCUAAAGAAGACUGCAUUUAAUCUUUCCGCCAUUUUUGCAUGCCGUCUAAAAAUGUACCAGCACAAACAAGGGAACGAGCAUCGGCGGCUGGGAAGCGUUAGAUUUCUUCUUCCAUCGUUCAGAAAUAGAGCAAAUGAAGAGAAACCAAUUGAAUUGAGAAUUAAUGCUCAGAACGGCGUUAGCGUAAACGUUCAGUGUCUUUAGUUAACACCAUGCAGCAUAGUAACAAAAUAUGUGAGGCUUCACCCAAUUUGCUUGCAGUUUCGAACGGAGUGAGAUAUCGUCUUUUUCGUCUGAGUUUUCGGAGACAAGAGUUUGAUAAAAAUUGCACCCAUUAGGUUUCUCUGUGCGAUGACUGGCGAACAACUAUCUGUAAUGAAUUGUUUGCCGACAAACUGGAUUGGCUUUUCUUGUCUGUCCACCCACUGAUGGAUGUGCCAGUAACUGAAUAAAAAAACAUUUUUUUGUAAAAGCUUUGGUAAAAGUUUAUAUCUAUAGGAUUUCGUGGCGUUUAUAAAGUUGCAUGUUAGGUAUCAUAUCUAUGUACACAAUAUUUGAUUGUCGAUUCUAAACAUGUCAAGUCAUUUUGUUCAUGACAUUUCUGUAUUUAUAUAUCAUAAUUAUAUCUUGUCAGUAAUGUUGCAAAAUGGAGAGUGGGUGGUGACCAAUCUCGCACAGUAGCGAUGGUAACGAGGAACGAAUCAAUGCAAUCUAGAGUCAAGAUUUUGGCGUAGUGACUUGCGCAUGUCCCGCGUGCAUGUGAACACACGCAUACUUUUUCUUGUUACCAAGUUCCAAGUUGAAGUGACUUGACUACGGGGGCGCUGAAAAACGAGUAGGCCCCCUGACCUUUUUUAGUUUCCAGGACCACAGUACACCGGCGGAAUUCAAUUGAAUGGUUUAUAUAUAUACCAUGAGAAUCAAAUUUCAUAGAAGAGUGCUGCCAUCUAAAUUCCACCAUCUCAAUGACCCGGUAUCUCUGGGGAGACAAGACCACCAUUGAAUAUUCAUAGGUUGGAGGUUCCAGACCUAUCAAUUAGACGUAAAUUGUAUAUCUGGUUUAGGUCUUCACAUCACCGGCUCCAUCCAUUCAGGAGGCUGACGGAUUAUUGUAUGGUUCUAUAGAGGCCGUGACCUCCAAUACCUCGGAGAUAAAAAACGCAUGAUAGAAACGUUUGCUCCCCGGACUUUCUAUCCAAGGACAUUUCAAACUUACACCAGUCAUAAUGGCGACACAAAAUUUGUUUGUAGAGGUAAAGACCUCUGUAAAAAGUCACCGCUGCUCAAUCUUAUUUUAUCAACAAUGUCUGUAGUCAAUAAAAUAGUUUAUUUUGA